GAGCAGUAGCAUCAGCGGCUCCGAGCUGUCUGUGAGGGGCUGCUCAGCACCGGCGGGGACAUUUUACCCAUGCUCUUCACCUAAUGUGACACUUUUCACGCAACUGCUUGAAACACCGGCUGAAGCAAUGGGAGCCUUUGGAGUGAUAAUAGGGAUUUUACAGUACGUGGGACUUUAUAUUCAACUUAACGCAGCGCUCAACGCCGGACACGGCGAGGUGGAUAAUCACAUCUCUGGGAAUGCUCUCUUUACAGAGGUGCCACAUGACAUCACGACGCAGAGCGGUGAGGAUGUGGAGAUGGCUUGUUCCUUCCGAGGGGCGGGCUCUCCCUCCUACUCCCUGGAGAUCCAGUGGUGGUACAUCAAGGACCACAGAGACUGGCAAGAGAAGUCUGUCCAGAUCACUAAUAAUGUUGUACCCCCGGAGGAAACUUCCAAAGAUGCCACCAAAAUUAGUGUGGUGAAAGUGGCCGGCAGCAACAUCUCCCACAAACUCCGUCUCUCCAGCGUCAAGCCAUCAGACGAGGGCACAUACGAGUGUCGUGUCAUUGACUUCAGCGGCACUGUGGCGCAGCAACAUCGCGUUCGAGCCUACCUCCACGUGGAGCCUGAGAGGAGUCAGGGGUCGAAUGACGUCAAGCUGCAGGAACCAGGACAGCAGUCACACCCCCACCACCAGACAGAGGGCAGGGAGCUGAGGAGGAGAUCAGCUGACAGCACCACUGACUGUAACGAGAGCUGUGUGCUUUAGAGUGGGCAGUCUGCCCUUCUGUCUGCAUGUUCAUGACUUAUCUCUAAAGAGGGACUGUCAUCAACACACUCACACGUCACCACAGAGUCGAGGCGUCAGACUGGACCCUUUGUGUUUCACGGUUUGUUUGUUCUUUAAUAUUGCUGUUUGGAUGCCAAUGCUGUUGAAUGCCAAUAAAGGGCACGGUUUUAUUGACUGUACCUGUUGUGUUCUUUUUGUUGCUUUGUUAUUUGUCUCGGUGCUCUUUAAGUUUAUUAAGUUUAUGCAUUAUGUUUAUGUAAAUGUAAAAGUAAGGCUGCAUUCACACAUAAGUUUUGUUAUUUUGUCUGAGCAGGACUUAUAACUUCUCCUCAUGAAGUCAAAGUACACGGCAGAGUCAGAAUUAUCAUGGAUAUCAUAACUAAUAACCAAGUGAUGCAGACACAGACAGACAGUUUCCUUUGCAAUGUGCCAGUUCUGCUGUCUUUCACCAAAACAUGUGCCAAAAGCUGCAGUAUUUCAGUGUAAAUGCUUUCUAAGGAACAAAGAAUAAAUUAAGCUUUUUUUAUUUAUGAGAACUUUUCAGAGUGCAUUGAUUUAAUUUAUGUAAUCUUUGUUCAAACACUAUCUGUAAUUAGCUUUCUAAACCACGACUAGAAUGUUUGUCAAAAUAAAAAUGUAUUCCUUCAUCACAUCCAUAUCAACUCUCAUGUAUAUUCACACUCGGCACUGUAAACUUUUACUGUUAUCAUUCAAAUAAAGUUUUACUCUGUGCUACUUAACCAAAUGACUCAAGAGACACCACAAGUAUGUUUAUCACUCCAAACUUUUGUCAUCAGUUUCUCAGCCACAGUAUAACUUUCUGUUUAUGGAGUUUGUCAUCUGAAUCAUAUUCUCCUCUUGACUGUGUUUGUUAUAAGUGCUGCUGUUUAGUAUCUGUUCUGUUAAAUACAUUCAUUUGAAAUGA